UUUGCAGACAAAAAAAAUUUAAAAAAUGAGUUUCGAAGUCACCGGUCCACCCCUCGUAUCACCAUGGAUGAUGUUAUCAAUGUCCGAAGCAAGAAAUGAUAUUGAUGAGACAAAAAUUGUUAUUCCAGGACAUUCAGUUUGUGAUGCACCGCAACAGUUUAUGAGAGGACAUGGAACUUACGUUCGCGACGGAGAAAUCGUCAGUUCUCUCUCUGGAGUCGUUCAACAAUUAAAUCGACUGUUGAUGGUUAAAACUAUUAAACAACGAUAUGCUGGUGAAGUCGGAGAUGUUGUAGUUGCCCGUGUCGUGGAGGUUCAAGCAAAACGGUGGAAGUGUGAUGUGGCAUCUCGUCUUCAUGCAAAUCUUCCACUAGGUUCAGUUCUCCUGCCAGGAGGAGACUUUCGCAGAAAAGAUGUAGAAGAUGAGGAGAAAAUGAGCGAAUUCUUGAAAAACGGAGAACUGAUCUGUGCAGAAGUCCAACAAGUCCAGCACGACGGAACACUUAUGCUACACACAAGAAAUAAUAAGUACGGAAAAUUGCAACAAGGAAUAUUGAUUAAGGUUCCUCCACAUUUGAUCAAAAAGUCCAAGAAACAUUUUCACACGUUACCCUACGGAAUGGCUGUGAUUAUUGGCUGCAACGGAAGUGUGUGGGUCACGCCGUCGUUGCCGGAGACCACACUUGAAGAGGAUGGAUCACAUGUUCACGAGUUUCAGAUUGUACCUCCCGACGUACGCGUAACUAUGGUCAGAAUCGCUGCCUGUGUUCGUCUUCUUCGUGAUUAUUCCAUCUCGAUCUACCUCAAUUCACUGACAACAUGCUAUGAAAUGAGUCAGCCUUAUGAAAUCAAAGAGCUCGCCGAGCAAGACACGUCUUCUCGACUCGCCUACCUGAUUGCUGCACGGCUUCUACAGGAACUUCAACAGCAGAAGUAAUUCUAAUUGUUUUGAAUGAUCUCUCCCUAUUUAAAAUUUACCUUUUUUGUUGCUGUUAUUUCUUGUUGAGUUUCUUAUUUACCAUUUCAAUUAAAUAAAACUUUUUACUUUUUCGGA